GGCGGGACAGAGAACAAGGAAGACUGGAGGAAAGGUUAGGUCAAGCCUAAAACCUUCAGCAGCUAAAGGGACUCAGUGAUAAGAGAUGAAAGCAAAGCACCUAUAAUCAGCACAGCUUUAGAAGUGCUGGCCUUCUGUUUGGGCUUCUUGCCACAACAGCCAUGGCCUUCCUUUCCCGACUGGAUCUUCACGAAUGCCUCCAAACCCUGUCUGUUUUGCAGUGGCUCCCCGUCUACGUAUUUUUAGGAGCAAUUCCUAUUAUUCUUAUACCCUACUUUCUGAUGUUCACUAAAUUCUGGAUCUUGUCUGUGCUCGCCUUAACCUGGCUCGCCUAUGAUUGGAAUACUCACAGUCAAGGUGGUAGGCGUUCAGCUUGGGUACGAAAUUGGACCCUCUGGAAGUAUUUUCAAAAUUAUUUCCCAAUAAAGCUGGUGAAGACUCAUGACAUCUCUCCGGAACAUAACUAUAUCAUUGCCAAUCACCCCCAUGGCAUUGUCUCUUAUGGUGUGUUCAUCAACUUUGCUACUGAGGCCUCUGGCUUUUCUCGGAUUUUCCCAGGCAUCACUCCUUCAGUAGGGACCUUGGAAGGGAUCUUCUGGAUCCCAAUUGUGCGAGAAUAUGUGAUGUCAAUGGGUGUGUGCCCAGUGAGUGAGUUGGCCUUGAAGUAUUUGCUGACCCAAAAAGGCUCAGGAAAUGCUGUGGUUAUUGUGGUUGGUGGAGCUGCUGAAGCCCUCUUGUGCCAACCAGGAGCCUCUACCAUCUACCUUAAAGAACGUAAAGGUUUUGUGAAGUUGGCACUGAAGACAGGAGCGUACCUUGUUCCUUCCUAUUCCUUUGGAGAGAAUGAGGUUCACAAUCAAGAGACCUUCCCUGAGGGCACAUGGAUAAGGUUCUUCCAAAAAACCUUCCAGGACACAUUCAAAAAAAUCCUGGGACUAAAUUUCUGUACCUUCCAUGGCCGGGGCUUCACUCGAGAAUCCUGGGGCUUCCUUCCUUUCAAUCUGCCCAUUACCACUGUUGUUGGGGAGCCCCUGCCAAUCCCUAGGAUUAAGAAGCCAAACAAGAAGACAGUGGACAAGUACCAUGCACUCUACAUCAGUGCCCUGCGCAAGCUGUUUGAUCAGCACAAAGUUCAGUAUGGCUUUCCUGAGGCCCAGGAGCUGACAAUCAUAUAACAGGAACUAGAUUCCCCCAUCACUAAAGUCCUAAAGCAUUGAUGGAUCCAAAUAGGGUAACCCAGAAGGAAGAACUUAGGGAGAGAGGAGAAUCUCAGGCAUGAGGGAGGAGGCCAACCAAGCCAGAAAGUACUUAAUGAAUGGGGUUUUGCAGAAGAAACCAAAGGAGCAGAAGAGUAGGCAACAACCCACUGUAGAAAGCAGAGUCUUGUUAAUCCAAAGCUCUUUUUUUUUUUUUUUUUGCCCCCUGAUUCCAGCCAACCCUCUGACCAAAGGAAUGAGAAGCCAAAAACCACCACCACUCCCCCUUACCAAACCUUAGUGACACCAUCACUCUUUAGAUUUAGGCUUAGAAGCCUUGUUGAGAACAAGAAUAGUUUGUUUCCUUCUCCUCCUUACAAUUUGGGACCCACAACCAGGUAAACCAGGGACCUGAACUGUAGCUGCUGAUCCAAACAGAAAGGAUUCCCUCAGUUGUGACACAAUUCUACACUGCAAAAGCUUGCCACAUGCAGUUAUGCUGUUUCUUCUAUAAAAAUAAAGGUCUAUGGGCACCUGGGUGGCUCAGUUGCUUAA